CCCGAGGGCGGCUCGACGGCGACGGUGCUGAGGGUCGAGGGGUCGACGCUCACCGUCGCCUGGGUCGGCGACUCGCGGGCCGCGCUCGCGCGGCGCGACGGCGGCGCCGAGGCCCUGACGAGCGACCACAACGCGGAGAACAGCGAAAGCGAGCGGGACCGCGUCGAGGCCGCGGGCGGCACGAUCGCGGGCGCGUACGUCGGCGUCGACGGCGCGGAGGGCCUCCUCCAGGUGACGCGGUCCCUGGGCGACCGGGCGCACCACGUCGGGGGCUGCCUGCUGGCGACGCCGGACGUGCGCACGGUGGACCUCGGCGACGACGCGGCGUUCCUCGUCGUCGCGUCCGACGGCCUCUGGCACGUC